AUGGCGUGGUACUCCAUCCUCCCCUCACAUUUGACCAUCUACGAAACAUGGAUCAUUCGGGCAUUCAUAAUCCUCGCAAUCAUAAACAUCGCACCCUGGAUCCUCGCCAUCCUGUACGACCUCCUCUACUAUAUCUUCCGCCGUAUAUGGCAUGAGAUCCCCAUCUGGGGUGGCCGGGCACGCGGCGAACACCGUCCACGGGCACCGAGUCUGAGAGAUCGGAAUCGUAGAAUGAGUUUCCGAGAUAUCGUUACUGGUGGUCCAGGAACGAAUCCUGGAGCAAGUGGUUCUGGUCAUGAUGUUGACGCUACUUCGGGCGAGUAUAGGAGAGGUGCCAGAGGUGCGAGACAUCAGAAAUCAUUGAGUACGCAAAGUAUUGAAGAGGAGAGCAUCGAGGAUGAGAAGGGGGAUUCUUCAACUUGA